AGAUUUUCUUCGCCUUUUGAAUUUCUUCAUACACGACUUUCAGAUUCUUAGCCUCCAGCUUAACUGUGUGGCCUAACACCAUUCUUCUUAGACAAACAAACACGGUGACUUGUCUGGAGCAACAUUCUCAUGGCAGCUUCUCGGACCACUCCGUGGAGGCUGAUUUCUGGGAUCAUAGGAGUCAUGUGCCUUGUUCUGAUGGCUACUUUGGGAAUUUUGUUGAGCAAUGCAUUUAAGGAAAAUGCUAAAGGAAAUGUUCAGCCAACAUCAUCUCCAGGACCUACCACUGAACCCCUGGAAGGCUGUGGCUGUUAUUCUUGCCAAGAAAAGUGGAUUGGAUUCCAGUGCAACUGUUUCUUCAUUUCCAAUGAAAGAAAAACUUGGGCAGAAAGUAGGGAUAUCUGUGCUUCUCGGAAUUCCAGUCUACUUCAGUUGAGAAACAGAAGUGAAAUGGAUUUUUUAAAGUUCAGUAAAACAUUUUACUGGAUUGGGCUCUCUUACAGUGAAGAACGUCGUGUCUGGCUGUGGGAAGAUGGCUCUGCUCUCUCCCGAGACCUAUUUUCACCAUUUCCCACUUUAAACACAAAGCAUUGCGUACUGUAUGGCACAAGGAACAGUGUUUUGGAUGAAUCUUGUCAAGAACAAAAUCCUUACAUCUGUAAACAACAGCUUAUUUAGCUGUUGCUUAGAGCAGAAGGGUGGGCUGUGAAGGUCCAGUAUUACUAAGAAUGACCUUGGUUUGCAAUACCAAAUUGGGAAUUCCCAUCUUCAUCUCACUUUCCUGGAAGUUAGUUCUUUCUGGAUAUAUCUGUACUGUAAUGUGGAGCUGGUAUUGCCACCUGACAGCUUCCUCACAUGCAUCCUCCAGCUUCAGAGGGGCACAUGUUUGUGCAUCUUUUCCUGAUGCUCCUUAGUUCUGUGGGACAGUUUUAAAUCUCUGGUCAGAUACGGGGAUCUAGUGUGAUUGCUUUCAGAGUUUACAAGGGUCAAGGGGCUCCAAGCCCUGAUUUCAUAAAUUUACUAUACCUAUUUCUUUAUUCUUUUUUUUUUUUGGCCUUAUGCUUAUCAGCCAAUGAAAGAGUCACAUGUGCAUUGAAGAUCUUAAUAUCUAAUCAAUCCCAAGAAACUUUUCCGAAAAGUUAAGUGUAAAAUGAACAAUUCUUUGUGUGUGUGUGGAUGAGAAAGCGUCCCAUUUUAUAG